AUGAGCGGCCUUGCAAGUUUGGCGAGGGUUGAUUCAUCGAAACUGCUUUUUUUGUCCAUCAAGUGUCGUGUCCUUCAUUAUUGGGCGUCCAGAAUGCCCAGAGCAGUUGUAAGAAGCGUAGAAGACGAAGAAAAUUUAACCAUUUCGUUUACAUUUGAUGAAAAACAACGGAAAAUGCAGCGAAGCAAGGGCGAGAUUUUAUCCAAGGCGUUGACUAGGAUUGAACUUUCUUGUAAGAAGAAAACGAAAAAGGCAAAAAGGAGUGCCGAUUGUAGUGAUACUGGUGACAGCGGAGGCGAAAAUGCAAGCCUUUGGUUUAAUGGUGAGCCGGUCUGCUCAAGCCUAACCAACAAAGAUGCCUGGAAAGAUGGUUCCACUUUAAAGAUCGGAUCUGAAAUUUUUACUGUUGAAGUUAAUCCACCAACCGUAUUGUCACUGUCCCUUCCUGACAAUAUUAUGUCAGGAUUUCCUGUGAUGCCUGUUCUUAGCUUAGAAUUCGCCUCUAAGCAGCAUUGCAGCUACACUUGGUACAAAUCAAUCGAUCACAGCGUAGAACAAGCGAGCUCCACCCCGGCAUCAGCAAAAGAAGUGUUCAGUUGGACAGAAGUUGGUGGUGAGUUUUGGUACACGCCCUCCAUACUAGAUGUUGGUUGUUUUCUCAAACUGAUGUGCACGCCUGGAAGUGCCACAAGAAAAAGUGAUUUGAAAUCUGAAAUCACAAGCUCAAUAACAGUGGCUGCUGGACCAGGAUAUUGCCCUUUCGAUGCACGACACAUGUACACCAAAAAACUAACAACCAACAGCAGAACUUUCAGAGUGGUGUCAUACAAUAUCCUAGCUGAUACGUAUUCCAAGGAUGAAUUUGCUCAGACAGUACUGUAUCCAUAUUGCCCACCUUAUGCGUUGGACAUGAACUACCGUCAGCAGUUGCUACUCAAAGAAAUUUCUGGUUAUAAUGCUGAUUUAAUCUGCCUGCAGGAAUGUGGAUUUAAAUUGUUUCAUAAUAUUCUCAGUCCUGCACUUGAAAUGCUUGGUUUUGAAAGUCUCUUGAAAUGCAAAGGAGGUGAAGUAUCAGAAGGAGAAGCUGUGUUUUUCCGUAAGAGCAAGUUUUCACUUAAAAGUCAGCACGACAUUAUUCUAAAUGAAGCACUACUGAAAGAUCCUGUACAAGAGCUGUUAUUAGACCACAUUUCAGCGAUACCAAUUUUGCUGGGAACACUGCAAAAGAGGAAUGCAGUUGUCCAGCUCUUAAUGCUUGAAGUAGCUGGCCAAAAGAAUCAGUACCUCUGUGUUGCCAAUACUCAUCUUUACUUUAAGCCAAGCUAUCCUCACAUACGAUUGCUUCAAGCCACCAUUGUCUUAAAUCAUGUACAAAAAGUGAUUUCCCAGUUCUGUGCUGAAUCAGUCUCAAAAGGUCUGCCUCCUCCUCAAGUAGCAUUUCUUUUCUGUGGAGACUUCAACAGCAACCCAAGAACAGGAGUUGUUGAGUUGAUAACAACUGGCAAAGUUGAUGCAUCACAUCGUGACUGGACAUUAUGUGAUGACAAGGAGGAACACUGUACAACUCUCUCUCUACAUCAUGAUUUCAGUUUAUUCUCUGCCUGUGGCUUUCCUCCUUUCACAAACUACACUGGGGGUUUCAAAGGAACUUUGGAUUACAUUUUUGCCGAUAAAAGGCAUCUUGAAGUAGCAUCCGUUAUUCCUUUGCCAAAUGAAGAGGAACUUUCCUCUCAUUUAGCUUUGCCAUCAGUUGUCAUGCCCUCAGAUCACUUGGCAUUAGUCUGUGAUCUACACUGGAAAGAAUAA